CUUUGAGCAACAAUUGAAAGUUGUGAAGCAGUCGAUUUGUGCGAUUGUGUAUCUGAGCAAAUGGCUCGACAAAGACAUUAAAAUUAUUGAAAACAGAUGAACGAUGAAGAGUAUCCUUGGUCGUAAUCAUGAAGAAUCAUCAACUCUAUAGGUGGUAAAUUGGUUGGAGUCGAAACACCACCAAUGGCAAUGAUGUUCGAUUGAAGGCUCACUGAUGACAAUUUUGACAAGUCACUGAAUACAGCCUGAAAUUCAACAGUGGAUCAGAAAAAAGUACACGGACAGUUUCUACUGAAAUGUCCUAUUACCAAAAAGUAUUACUUGAAAUUUUGUAUAUAAAGCAGGAAUGGCAUAACCAAUACAUAAAAAAAUUUGUAUGGCUUGAAUCACAGUGGCGAAUCCCCACAGAAAAAAUGAAGAAAACCAGCAAAUGGAUCCAGGGUUGAAGAACAUGUGGGCUGAUACAUCAGGCUGCUCACUUGUUAAGGAAUUCCUUAGACAUCGUAGUGAAGAAGUAGCAAGAAACUACCUUUCGAGGUCAUCUAAGGCAGCAUCUCUAUAACUUGUGACACAACUUUGGCUGUUCCAUUACAAAACACAGUAAUUGCAUGGUUACCCCAAUGGCGAAAAAUCAAUCUUUCUAAAAUGUAUAAGCCGCAAG